CACAGCGGCAGCGGCGGCUGCGGCGCGCGCGAGCCGAGUGUGAGCGGAAAGGGGCCCUGCGUCUGCCUCGGGGCUGGAGACCGGUGAGUAACUGUCACGCCCCUCGCCCUAGGAGAACUGCGGGGCCCCGUGGGAGGCCACAGCCUCCUCGCAAAACGCGGCCUUUCCUGACGUAACUCUGAGGUAAGCGCCCGCGAUGGAGGGGCUGCUGCAUUACAUCAACCCGGCACAUGCCAUCUCUCUGCUGAGCGCGCUCAACGAGGAACGCCUCAAAGGACAGCUGUGUGACGUGCUUCUGAUUGUGGGAGACCAGAAAUUUCGAGCGCAUAAAAAUGUCUUGGCCGCCAGCAGUGAAUACUUCCAGAGUUUAUUCACCAACAAGGAGAAUGAAUCACAGACUGUCUUUCAGCUUGACUUUUGUGAACCAGAUGCUUUUGAUAACGUUUUGAACUACAUUUAUUCUUCAUCUUUAUUUGUCGAGAAAAGCAGUCUCGCGGCCGUGCAAGAACUAGGCUAUAGCCUUGGGAUUUCCUUUCUGACUAACAUCGUCUCUAAAACACCUCAGGCCCCCUUUCCAGCGUGUCCCAACAGGAAAAAAAUAUUCAUAGAAGAUGAUGAAAGCAGUUCUCAGAAGAGAAGCGUCAUCGUUUGUCAAAGUAGAAACGAAGCGCAGGGAAAAACUGUGAGUCAGAAUCAGCCCGACCUAAGCCAUACGUCCCGGCCCUCCCCUAGCACUGCAGUCAAGACCAGCGCCAGUAAGCCCCACGUUCCCAAACCGGCCGAGCCGCUCCACACUUUGCCACCGGCUGAAAAGAGCUGGCCGAAAGAUGGUUCUGUGGGCUAUGCAAAGUCUCUGGAGCACGCGGGGCCUCUGGAUGACCCCAACAGAAGCAGUUUGCUGAAAAGGAAUGCACUGCUGCAGGACCGAGAGGCGAUGGACGAUACAGCCGGUCUCAGCAGCCAGCUCCCCAAAGGCAAAGCCAUAGAGUUGGCUUUGAAGAGACCACGGCCCCCGGUGUUGUCUCUCGGAAGCUCGUCAGAGACCCCCUACGUGCUGAAGGAGACUCACAAAGGAGGCGGGCCGGGCGAAGACCGAAACCUGCUGUACUACUCCAAGCUGGGGCUGGUGGUCCCGUCCGGCGGCUCUGGCUGCGGGAAGCCAGGCAUCGACAGAAGCGGCCCGCUCGUCAAGAGUCUCCUCAGACGGUCGCUGUCCAUGGACAGCCAGGUGCCCGGCCUCUCACCCUCCAUAGAUCUGAAAUCUUCCCAGGGCCGCUCCGCGGUGGCAGGCGAGGUGCCGGGGAGCGGGUUCUGUGCUCUGCCGCAGCAGUCGUCUCUGAAGGAGUGCGGGGAGAAGGCGGCCCUCGAUGAGCAGAGCCCCGCGCCCCAGCCCCACCGCCUCCGGUCCUUCAGCGCCUCCCAGUCCAUGGAGAGGGAAGGGGAGCCUGCCGUGACUGAGGUCCGCAUCAAGACAGAGCCCCGCAGCCCCCUGUCAGACCCCUCUGACAUCAUCCGCGUCACCGUGGGAGACCCGGCUGCGGUGGCCGCCGCCAGAGACCUUUCCUUGACAACCGAAGACGACCAAAAAGACAUGAGCAGGCUUCCAGCGAAAAGGAGGUUCCAGGCGGACCGAAGGCUGCCGUUGAAGAAGGUGAAGGAGGACGAGCACGGGUCUCUGGUGUCCGAAGAGAACUUCGAGGAGGGCUCGAGCCCUCCCCUCCCUGACACAGAGUUUCCAGAUUCUGACUUGAAUAAAGAUGAAUUCGGUGAGUUGGAGGGAACAAGACCAAACAAAAAAUUUAAAUGCAAACAUUGCCUUAAGAUCUUUAGAUCGACCGCAGGUCUUCACCGGCACAUUAACAUGUACCAUAACCCAGAGAAGCCCUACGCUUGCGACAUCUGUCACAAGCGGUUUCACACAAACUUCAAAGUGUGGACGCACUGUCAGACCCAGCACGGCAUAGUGAAGAACCCGUCACCAGCCUCUAGUUCACAUGCCGUUUUGGAUGAGAAAUUCCAAAGAAAGCUGAUUGACAUAGUGCGAGAGAGAGAGAUUAAGAAGGCCCUGAUCAUUAAGCUGAGGCGCAGCAAGCCUGGGUUCCAGGGGCAGAGUAGCUCCCAGGCCCAGGCCAUCAAGAGGAACUUGCGGUCGCGAGCCAAAGGAGCGUACAUUUGUACUUACUGUGGAAAAGCCUACCGCUUUCUCUCGCAGUUCAAGCAGCACAUAAAAAUGCACCCGGGAGAGAAGCCCAUUGGCGUCAGUAGGACCGCUAAGCCCAAAGAGCAUGUUUCUCUCGAGAGUCCAGUAGAGAACAAGGAGGUUUACCAGUGCCGCCUCUGUAAUGCUAAGCUCUCUUCUCUUCUAGAGCAAGGAAACCACGAGCGAUUAUGCAGAAACGCAACCGUUUGCCCCUACUGCAGCCUUAGGUUUUUCUCGCCGGAGCUAAAGCAGGAGCACGAGAGUAAGUGUGAGUACAAGAAGCUGACGUGUCUCGAGUGCAUGCGCACCUUCAAGUCCUCCUUCAGCAUUUGGCGGCACCAAGUUGAAGUCCAUAAUCAGAACACCAUGGCGCCGGCCGAAAACUUUUCCUUACCCAUCCUGGACCACAAUGGUGACGUGACUGCUGCUGCCAGGGCCCCGGCCCAGCCCGAGCCCCAUAAAGCCAACCACGCGGUCCCCGCCAAAGACGACAAUGCCUUCAGUGAUUGUUCGGAGCAAGUGAACUUCGAUUCAGAAGACUCUUCCUGCCUCCCCGAAGACCUCAGCCUCUCGAAGCAACUGAAAAUCCACGUCAAAGAGGAGCCCGCGGAGGAGGCCGAGGAAGAGGCACCCGAGGCCCGCGCCGCCCCCCAGGACGCCGGCUCCAGCAAGGACACCAGCCUAUGGCCCUGCGAGAAGUGUGGCAAGACGUUCACGGCGCACAAGCAGCUGGAGCGGCACCAGGAGCUCCUGUGCUCCGUGAAACCCUUCAUCUGCCACGUGUGCAACAAAGCUUUCCGCACCAACUUCCGGCUCUGGAGCCACUUCCAGUCCCACAUGUCUCAGGCUACGGAGGACCCGGCGCACAAAGACUCGGAGGUGUGCCCUGUGCCCACAAACUCUCCGUCCCCGCCCCCGCCGCCCCCGCCCCCGCCGCUGCCCAAGAUCCAGCCUCUGGAGCCCGACAGCCCCACAGCCUUGUCCGAAAACCCCGCUCCUGCCACGGAGAAACUGUUCGUGCCCCAGGAAUCCGACACGCUUUUUUACCAUGCCCCCCCCCUUUCUGCAAUCACCUUCAAAAGACAGUUCAUGUGUAAACUGUGCCAUAGGACAUUCAAGACGGCCUUCAGUCUUUGGAGUCACGAACAGAGCCACAACUGAAAGACCGCCCCUUUUCACCUGCCACAGAAGGGACGGCGGUCUCCAGAGUUCCUCCACCUAAAUUGUGAAACGUGCAUAAGAAACAAAAUAUUUUUUAAAAGAGAAUAAUAAAGGUUGGAAAUUGUUAUGCUUGAAUAGAAGUUUGAGGUAAAUUGAUACUAAUUAGUGAUGUCCUUACUCACCUUAGAAAAACUAAAAUCUAUUGUGCUUUGGACUUUACAAGUCACAGGAUGAUUUGACUUCAUUAAUGUUGAAAUGUGACUGAUCUUGGUUAUUUGCAUGGUUCCUCAUUCCACGGUGUCAGUAUAAUCUUUUCCCAGAGGUGGUUUUGGUUUUUUACUGAUUUGCAAUCAGUGAAAUACUAUUCAAGUGUUUCUUUUGAUUAUAUCAGACACCUAAGUUCUAGUUCAAUGUCAGCCACGUUCCGAAGUCCACAACGCAUCAGGAGGAAGUGGAGUAGUUUGCAGCGUUGAGUUAGAUCUUAGGAUACUUUAGCAAUAAAACAAUGAUAAGCCUCAACUUUAAUAAGUUAUCCUGACACUUGAUAACAAUAAAUAAUUUGGUAUUUGUGGUCAUGUAGAAAUUUUUUUGUAUGAAAAUAGAAAUUUAAAUCCCCAGCAAUAGUGAUACUUAGAUUUUUAUAAAAUAACAAAAGCUUGCUCUUGGGUCAUUUAACAUAACUAAUGAUGGAAGAUUUGGGAAAUGGAAAUGUGAGGGUGUCUGGAAGGCCUCCAAGCCCGUUUACAAAAGCUUCUGUGGCGAUAGGCAUUGUAAUCGGAACUGCUGUGCUGUGUGCGCGGGCCUCAGGUCUCAGCUCCGACCAGCAUUGGGAGGACUGGACGUGUUUGGUCUUCUCCAAUUCAUGCUGUCACCAGUGGGAAAUCUGAGUGCAUUUGGGACCGAAAGCAAAGGCAGCAUAAGGCACUCGCUCAUUUUGAAUUUAACAGCAUUAGUGGGACAGUUAAGGUUGGGACAUACACUUAGGUACCUCGGUCCCAUGCCCGCGGUCAGGACAGCCGCUGUAAGUCCCGAGUUAGCAUUGACUUCCCAAGAUGGGACACGGGGGAGAACACCACGCCACGGUCCCCACACACUCUCAAGAAUAGUGUUCACAGCGUACCAUCUCCUGCCUCUGUUUCUGUUAGAAUUUGUUGGAGUUUAUUGUGGUAAGAUGUCCUUAGUGCAAUCAUUCUGCUUUAACGUCACUGCUUUAACGUUUCAUAAAUCUGUAUUAAAGCACUAUCAAGGGUCCAAAAUUAGUUUUUGCUACCUAUUUUGGCCCAUAGGGUUUGGGCUGCUGUUUUGUUUUGUUUUCUGUUUUGUUUUAGUUAUAAUUAAAAGGCUUUUUUAGGUGUUUCUAAAGGGAAAACUGAUUUCACUGGUACAAUUGAGGGGUUACGUAUAGACAAGUGGAAAUAUUUUUGAAACUACAAAAUCCUUUUAAGAUAGUGCUAUGGAUGAAGACUCCCAAGUUUAUUAAUUUUUUUCUUACAAGCUGUUCUCUCAAAUAAAAAAAAAUUACUGUGACGAAGAAAUAAUUUGCUGAGUACUUCAGUGUGUACCACGUAGCAGGAAAGAGCUUGGUACUUGUUGGUCUCGUCACCCACAUUCCGUACCAGCGGUAGGAAAGACAGUCUUAACUUUUUAUCGAAACACAGGCCUUUUCAUAAAAUACCAAUUGGCUUUGUAGAUUAGAGAAAUUUCAUGUAAAAUCUUGCCUUUUUAUUUUUUCAUUUGAAAACUACCACAAGUCACAGAAUAUUUGAGUGGUCCCUUCCUAAUUUUGUUCUUACUUAAACUUGAUGGAGAAAGGAAAAUAAAAUGAAGUUGCAGUAACCGAUUAUUGCCAUCUUUAUAUUUUCUUGAAGAAAUCUAUGCAUUUUCAAGAUGAAACUAAAGCGUAUGGUGUUCCGUGAGACAUCAGGGUGGAUUACUGUUCACUGAAUUAAUUCCCUGUAUAAUGUGCUCCUUUCUUACUCUGAACACCUUAGUAGCUGUCACUUCUUCGGAAAGACAGCCUCCCUCAGAGUAGUCCUUGCUUCUGGCUGUUAGAGUGUGUGUGUGAGAAUUUCCACGGCACACGUGAUCUUGGCAUUGUAAAUUCAGUAUCCCAGGACUUGAAACUUUAUGCUACGUUUUUGAAGAUUUUUUAAUAAUGUUCAUCAGUAAAAAAUAUUUUUGAUCUAAAUAUAGGCUCAGCGUAUCUGUUAGAUAGUGUUUUGUCUCGUUCGUUUCACGUUUUUGUCUAGGCAAGGAACGUUAAGAUUUCAAAUAAAAUUUCGAACCAAAAACAUUUAUAAUGCAGUUCUGGUUUUUCUAUUACUUUUUAUACUCUACCUUCAAAGCGUCAGGCUGAAAGAGUUUAUUUUGGUGGUCAAAAAAUAAAACAUGCUUCCACUCAUGUAACUAUUUUAAAUGUCAGGAAGUAAAAUAAUGAAAGACACACGAAUCGCUCCUUUUAAGAAUGUUGAUCUCAGACGGUGGGCAGACACUCGGUCUGUGGGACAGGUUGGUCUUUCAUUGUUAGGACGCCAGCUUGUAAAGGUAUUCUCGAAAAUGUUUUUUCUGAUUAGAAUUAAUUUUUGAAAAUGUAGGAAGCUCGUUAUUCCUUGUAAGUAUUCAGGCUGCCUUUUUUUAUGCAGUUGUGGAAAGAAUGUAAAAUGUUUUAAUAUAUUCUUUAUUAAUCUGAGAAACUUGCUAUUGAAUCAUUUUCUUCACGUGGGAGAGGGAAAGAGGAACACCCUAAAACAUCUUUUUCUCAAAGUCAGCAAUGGAGGUUACAAAUAGUGUGCAUUUUUUAUAGUAAUUUUUCAAUUUAAUAAUAUUCACCUUUAAAGCUAGUUACAGCUAGUGUGCAUUUAUUGUUUUAUCAAAAUCUACAACUAGGAGUUCAACCAGGAUAUCACUUUUGCAUUUGUGGGGGCAUGUAUGUGGUUCUUGGUUUUCUGUUUUGGAGCGGAUCCUUAAUAGCCUUUUUAAAAAUAUGCUCCAGCUCUUAUCAAUCAGUGGUAGUCUUAUCCACACACAGCACCCGUUGGUGCCGAUGAGGGGAGAAGUUGUACAAGAAUAAAACGUGCCCUUCCUUGGAGGCAGGGGGUGUCUUCCUCUGCAGGCCAGUGGCCUGUCCAGGGGAAAAAGACCCAAGAACCCACUGUGUGUGUGUGUGUGUGUGUGUGUUUACAACCAGAAUCCAGAACCUUAGGAAUUAAAGGCAUUUGAAUUUUCUUACCACAGAAACAAUUAGAUGUAAUGCAUAGCAGGUUUCUUUAUAAAUUGCACUAAUUCAUAUUGGAAUAUUACAAGUCCGUUUUGUCAAUUUCUGAUUUCUCAUUGAUGUUUUUUGUAAUAAUUAUGGAAAGUGUUAUUUAAAUAAUGCUAAUACAUUUAAUAAGUUCUUUAACACUGGCUUUUUUUUUUUUUUAAGUUUGAAAAAUAGGGUUUUCUUUUGUGGCUUUAGCACUUUAAGAAGUUUUAUGUUUCCAUCAUUGUUAACGUGCUUGUUCAGCGCUUCUCCCGGUGUUUGCUUCCACGCGGGGCGGGGGUGGGGUGGGGUGGGGGAGACUGAGCGGUGGUGUUUACGUUCCGGAGGAGGAGACGUGGGUUAGUGUCAGGUUUUUAAGGAAUUCCUUUCAGAGACCAUUGUUUGGGAACCAAAGUAUUUUACUGUAAAUCUUGAAAAUAAUUGAAUUGAGUGCUCUCUAGUCAUUUAUUAGUGCUGUUCUCAAAUUUUCCACAAAGUUAUACUUGGUUAAUGUUAAUUUUCAGAUGGGGAUAAUUUCUUAUUGACAUUAAUGCAAUACUUUAAGUUUUCAUUGAAUAAAUCUUACUAUUAAACAAAUGUGGUUAUAAACAAAUUGUGUAUAUUUUGUUGUCAGAUGCUUUAGCAGACUAAAUCAUUGUUCAAUUUUAUUUAGGAAUGAGCUUUUGGGAACUGAAAACUCAUGGUAAAAUAGGAUUUCUAUCUAAUGUUAAUCUGUUGUUUAUUUGUAUCCAAUUCUGUUGUCUGUUUCCUUUGCUUAAAUCUUGACUAAGAAUGAUUGGAGUCAAUAAAUUUGUACUGUAUUUUGUUUUGA